CGGGGCGGGCGGAGCGAGAGCAGCUAGGGGGCUCGGGGGGCUCCUUCGUCUCGCCAGUUUAACGCGAACCUACGUUUCUGCAGCACCCUCUUUCUCUUCCGGGCGACGAGAUCCGGUGGCCAGAGAUCCAACAUGUCUAUUCUCAAGAUCCAUGCCCGAGAGAUCUUUGACUCUCGUGGGAACCCCACUGUUGAAGUUGAUCUCUACACAGACAAAGGUCUCUUCCGAGCUGCUGUCCCCAGCGGCGCCUCCACUGGCAUCUAUGAGGCCCUGGAGCUGCGUGACAAUGACAAGACCCGCUACAUGGGCAAGGGUGUGUCAAAGGCUGUUGAGCACAUCAAUAAAACUAUUGCACCUGCCCUGGUUAGCAAGAAACUGAAUGUGGUGGAGCAGGAGAAGAUCGACAAGCUGAUGAUCGAGAUGGACGGGACGGAGAACAAAUCUAAGUUCGGGGCCAAUGCCAUCCUGGGGGUGUCACUCGCCGUAUGCAAGGCUGGUGCCGUGGAGAAGGGGGUGCCCUUGUACCGCCACAUCGCCGACCUGGCCGGCAACGCUGAGGUCAUCCUGCCUGUCCCGGCCUUCAACGUGAUCAACGGCGGCUCCCACGCGGGCAACAAGCUGGCCAUGCAGGAGUUCAUGAUCCUGCCCGUGGGGGCGGCGAGCUUCCAGGAGGCCAUGCGCAUUGGCGCCGAGGUCUACCACAGCCUGAAGGGCGUCAUCAAGGACAAGUACGGGAAGGACGCCACCAACGUGGGCGACGAGGGGGGCUUCGCGCCCAACAUCCUGGAGAACAAGGAAGCCCUGGAGCUGCUGAAGAACGCCAUCGGGAAGGCCGGCUACACGGACAAGGUGGUGAUCGGCAUGGACGUGGCCGCGUCUGAGUUUUUCCGUUCCGGGAAGUAUGACCUGGACUUCAAGUCCCCCGACGACCCCAGCAGGUACAUCUCGCCUGACCAGCUGGCCGACCUCUACAAGUCCUUCAUCAGGGACUACCCAGUGGUGUCCAUCGAGGACCCCUUCGACCAGGACGACUGGCAGGCCUGGCAGAAGUUCACAGGCAGCGCGGGCAUCCAGGUGGUGGGUGAUGACCUCACGGUGACCAACCCCAAGCGCAUCGCCAAGGCCGUGAGCGAGAAGGCCUGCAACUGCCUGCUGCUGAAGGUCAACCAGAUUGGCUCGGUGACCGAGUCCCUGCAGGCGUGCAAGCUUGCCCAGUCCAACGGCUGGGGCGUCAUGGUGUCCCACCGCUCUGGGGAGACGGAGGACACCUUCAUUGCUGACCUGGUGGUGGGACUCAGCACCGGGCAGAUCAAGACUGGUGCACCAUGCCGAUCCGAGCGCCUGGCCAAGUACAACCAGAUCCUCAGAAUCGAGGAGGAGCUGGGCAGCAAGGCCAAGUUCGCCGGCAGGAACUUCAGAAACCCCAUGGCCAAGUAGGCUGAGGCAGGCAAGCACGCAGGCCCUGGGGGCCCUGGUAGUUUGGUAGUUUAGGUCUCCUCGCCUCCGCUUCUGUAGAUGCCAGCGCCCACCUGGAGCUGUGACCACAGCCCUGUGAUUGCCGUCCUUGUCACCUGUGUCCCAUCGUGUCCUGAGCCGCGUGUGCCCCAGUGUAAGCUCCAGGGUGGCCCCAGGCGAGGUCCCCAGUGGCUAUUGUGAAAUAAAUACCCCACUGCCCACGA